UCGAACGGUUCUGUGAGCUCAUGAAAAGGCAUAGAAGUUUAGACUGAUUUAUUAUUAACCGUGCCGUGUUACGUUGUACAUUGUGAUAUACUGUAUAACUUCGUAAACAAAUCUUAGUUUUCGACCCAGCAUUUUUGCAGCAGAAAACGGACUGUACCUUAACCAGACGCAUGCUCUUGCAACAUGACUUUAGUUUUACCAAUUAUGAUAUUUGUAUCUCUUUUAUUAGCAGGAGCCACAAGUAAUUCAUGUCACCCGGAUGUAUGCGUGUGUUCCAUUCCUUUGCACAAUUUUCAAAUAGCGGCUAUCAAAGAAUUUAAAAAUUCUCUGCAAAACCUUACUUACUUGGAGCGAAAUGAAGUAGUUUACAACCGUACAACGCCAGUGACAAAUCUGACUGAAGGGCAGAUAGAGUACCUGCUAAUCAAAUACCCUUCAUUUUUUAAGCAAGCAAAUGAAAGUGAUGUAUCCACUCCAAGAUUAAGGCGUGAUACUGAUACUGCCAGAUUGUGCGAAAGUUACUACGACGAGGUAACACUUGUGUCAGCAAUUACAGGUACCUUGCUGAACGGUGAUGUUCGUGUCAUUGCUCAAGUUCCGGGUAGAAUCGAACAGAGAUUCGAACAAGACAGGUGCGUAGAAUCGUCUGACUGUUUUCCUGGCUACGAUUGUAAUUGCCAAAAUGAAGAAAGACGGGCCAUUGCUGUUACUAUGUCUGAAUACACUCGUACGUUUUAUGUAGAACAGAUUGUGAUCUUCGCAUGUGUGGCAGUGAGGACGUAGCUUGGUUUUCUGGACAACAUGAUCCUUCUUAAGAUUUGCUCACGUUAUGUAUUAUAGCAGUGGCGGAUCCAGAAAUGUGAAAUAGAGGGUCCCAGGGAGAGACUUAAACAGAUGGAGGGUCUAUACCACCUCAGACUGAGGUAAGAAAAUUUAUGAUUAUGGUACCUCUACAUGGCCGGAAAUGGCACUCUCAGACUUAAAUUUGAAUAUGAUUUUCUUUUUAUCUCCAUUUAAACAUUUUGACAAAUUUAGGGGGUAGGCGGGUCGGCUGGGCCUCCUGAAUCCGCAACUACAUAGAUAGUUAGGAAUUCGGUAGAAUUCAGUUGGCUAUGACGUUUUGUUAAAGCAAUUUGUUUAAUUUACAUGAUGUCAAUCCACUUAAUUUUCAUUAGGCCUAAUAAUUUGUUUCUAUAUUAACAUGAAAUACAGGUCCUCUUCCAAUUAAAGACCAUUUUUGGGACCGGGAUUUCCAUGGUUUUUAGCCGCUUUGGUCCCUAAUUAGAAUAAUAAAGAUAAAGGACAUUUAUGAAUUUGGGACCACACAAAAUUGGUCUUUAAUUGGAGGUGGUUUUUAAGUGGAUGGGUCUUUAAUUAGAGGGAGAAUUGUAUUUUCCUGCAAAAUGAGAUUCGCAUCAGAAGCAAAUCGAACUCAACUGAAUUGAAUAAUGCGACAUAAAUCAGAAUUAUAUUAAGAUAAUCGGCGAUUUAGAGAAUGUCUAGGUCGAUACAAUUAUACAAGAUUUCCUGCAGUUAUCCUACAAAAUUCUGUAACGAUGACUGAAAUACACCUAUUGCAAGUCGUUGAUAUGCAAAUAGGAACAUGGUGGGCAUGCACUGACUAGAAGUCUUGAAAUGGGGGUGCUGAUUCGGUGGGGGAGGCAAAGGUGAAGUGGGGGCUCGAUGAUCAGUUAAAAGGGCACUAAUUCGCAAAAUAAGUUGAAUUUUAAUUACUUUACCGUGAUUUUGGGGGGCGACUGGGGGUGCACGAGUAUUUUUGGGGGACCCGAGUACCCCUCUAGAUACGCCAACUGUGGGCAUGUUGAACAGAUGCUGACGAUUCGACUAGCAUCGUUGCAAAUAACUGUUUUGAAAUAAUAAUAAUAAUAAUAAUAAUAAUAAUAAUAAUAAUAAUAAUAAUAAUAAUAAUAAUGAUAGUGCAGUUUUAUAUAGUGCACAUAUCCAUCUAAUGUAAGAUGCUCAGGGCGCUUGAUAUGUGGACUAGGAAAUGCGUCCAUCGUGAUAGGUCUACUUUAUUACAACAAACAAAACAUACAAAUAAAAAUAGUACCACUUUUAACAUAAUUGUAUAUUAUUAACUCGUUAUUUAAUGUAUAAAAUGUAUACCGUCUUACUAUUUAAUUAUUGGUGGAAGAGUUACGAAAAACAACAACUGUUGGGAGAUCAAGAAAAAUAUAUCAAGAAAAUGUAUAUUUAUUGGAACGUUGAAAAAAAUUGAAACUUGAAGGACAAAGUAACGAAUUACUUAAAGCAUGUAUUAUAUCAACACCUUAGUGACAUGUUUUCUAACAACCAGCAUGUAGGCCUACUUCAAAUAUAUAACACACCAGUGACACUGUUACAGUAAACCAUUUAAUUUAUAAAGGAACCAUGAUGAAUUGGUCGGCUCCGUUUACAUCGAAGCGGGCAUGCGUAUAUAGGCCUAAACAUGCAUUAAUAGUCAGGGUGUGAAAAUAAACGGUUCUGUGAGCCAAUGAAAAGGCACGGAAGUCAGAUUGAUUUAUAUUUACUCUAUUAUGCAUUGUGGUAUCUAAAAUCGUACAAUUUUUGGACGAUCAAUAACAUUAUUGAAAUACUUGGUUUAUGUAAAUCAAUAUAUAAGCAUACAUAAUUAAAGUUCCUGAAAGUGUUGUUAAAAUGGUUAAUAGGGAGUUUUCGCAAGCUUACAGAAACUAUAACGAAUACGGUUACGUCAUCACAUUUUGAGACAACCGUCCCCUACAGUAGCGUAUCUGUCACAACGUAGGCUAUUUAUGCCUUUUCCGUCAAUCUAGAAUCACAUUCAGCUCGUAUAGCAUAUUGUCAAGAAUGUUGAGGCACGACCAACGAAAAUGAUGAUGACGUAUUCGUAUUCGUAAUCGUUUUCGUAAGGUUGAGAAAUCUCCUAAUAACUUUGUUUCUGAUUUCAUUUUGGAGAGACAAAAAUCCAAAAAUCAAGAAAAAAUAAAUGAUAGGAUCUUUGUCGAGGGGAGGAAACAAAAUGCCAGAUUUUGAAUUAAUAGAAAAGGCGCUCAAAAUGAUAGGCCUAUGGGUCAAGACAUUAUUAGAGCCUGAAGAUGCAAAAUGGAAGUACUGUACAGUCCUUUGCAUUGUCUCAAGAUGCAUGGAUCUCCUCUGAUAUGAUGUUCCAGAAUAUGCGGAAGAUAGUGAGAUAACACUUGUGUCAGCCUUUACAGGUACCUUGCUGAACGGCGAUUUUCGUGUCAUUGCUUAAGUUCCGGUAUUUUAACAUAAUUAUUCCAAAUAAAUUUCAUUGUGCCUAUUGGCUAGAGGAAUGCGGCACGCUCUCCUACACUCUCCCACUCCCCACCAAAAUAAAGUGCACCAGUCGCG